CGCUCGAGUAGUGGGAAGCGCAAGCCGCCCUCGGCUUACAGCCGCAACAUGGGCGAUGCGGGCUCGCUACACCGUGCGUCGACGGACACGAGAGUCUCGACUCUCGCGCCUUCAGACGAUGACAUGCGUGCGCACUCCACCGAUACCCCAUUCACCGAUCCCUCUUCGUCAUCUGCACCCGUCUCAAAGGCGCACGCGUCCGUCGACGGGUUCCUCCAUCCCCCGUCCUCCCAGCCUGGUCGGGCGCAGCGGCGCAAUACCACCGGCUCGGCCCAUCAGCUUGGGCGGCAGCAUCAGGACGGCGAGAUAAGCAGCGGCGACAUCGAGGACGAUAUCGAGCACCAGGCGGCUCAGAUUCGCAAGGAACGUGCGCGUGCUAAGGCGGCUGCCGAAGCCGAGGCCGCGCUCACGAGACGCAUGUCCGAGGGCGAGCAGCGCGUCGCUGCCCAAGGCGCGAGUGCUGGCGCGAUGGGCCCUGAUGGACUGCCCGUGCAGCGUAAUAGAGAGGCGAGGGUGUCGAGGGGAGAGAAGACGGAGGGGGUGCUCGUUGGGAAUCUAAUUGGAGAGGACCACGUGAACUAUGUGAUGAUGUAUAACAUGUUGACGGGGAUUCGGAUCGCUGUCUCUCGGUGUCAAGCCAAGAUAAAACGGCCACUAUCGACUGAAGACUUUACCGCAAAACACAAGUACUCUUUCGAUAUUGUUGGUAAUGAACUGACGCCGUCGGCGAAGUACGACUUCAAGUUCAAGGACUACGCCCCAUGGGUGUUCCGCGAACUUCGUGAAGAUUACUUCGGGCUCGACCCCGCCGACUACCUCCUCUCCCUCACCGCCAAGUACAUCCUCUCCGAGCUCGGCUCGCCCGGUAAAUCCGGCUCGUUCUUCUACUUCUCGCGGGACUACCGGUUCAUCAUCAAGACGAUCCACCACUCGGAGCACAAGUUCCUGCUCUCGAUCCUGCCGCAGUACCACGCGCACAUCAAGAACAACCCCCAUACGCUUGUCUCGCGGUUCUACGGCCUGCAUCGCGUGAAGCUCCCGCGCGGGCGCAAGAUCCACUUUGUGAUCAUGAACAAUCUGUUCCCGCCGCACAAGGACAUCCACGAGACGUUUGAUCUGAAGGGGAGCACGGUCGGGCGGGAGUACCCCGAGGCGAAGAUGGAGGCGAAUCCGCGUGCGGUGAUGAAGGAUUUGAAUUGGAUCAAUAGGCAGAAGCAGCUCGAGCUUGGGCCGGAGAAGCGGGCGUUGCUGACGGCGCAGCUGGAGCGGGACGCGGAGAUGCUCAAGGCGGUGAAGGUGAUGGAUUAUUCGUUGUUGGUUGGGAUACAUUAUAUGAAGAGGGGUAAUCGGGAGAAUGUGAGGACGAAGACGUUGAAGGUGUUUGAUCCGGCAGUCCCCAUGAUGCGCCGCAAGACGACGAUGUACCACAAGGGCGGGCGCUCGCCCGAGGCGCUGGCGAUGCGGCUUGCGAUGGGCUCGUCGGAUCCGAAGCGGCUGACUGAGGACGCGCUCGUCGAUAAGGGCACGGGGUCGCAGUUCAUCUUCUACCAAGACGAGGGUGGGCUGCGCGCGACGGACGAGGAGAACAGUGAUGCGCUCGACAUGAUUUAUUAUCUCGGCGUGAUCGACAUUUUGACGCCGUAUCAUACGAAGAAGAGCUUGGAGCAUUUCUGGAAGGGGCUUAGUGCUGACCGACAUAAGAUCAGUCCUGUGCCGCCGAGCGAGUACGGCGACCGAUUCUUUUCGUUCAUGAAGGCCAUCAUGCGCGGAGGUGGAGGCGGCGAGCGUUUCAAGCCCGACUACAAGCCGGAAACCGAGUUGCAGUCCCAAGUACAUACACAACCCGAAGUUGAACCCACACCCCAGUGAAUGAAGACCGGUAAUUAAGACGAACAUGACGACGCUACGAAGAUUACAAAUGACAAGCAAAUUUACACGCGCGUGUUCAGCUUUGGUUCACUGGGUCUCUCGGUUGGGUUGGUUGUAUGUAGCGGCUGUGCUGUUCCGGUUUGGUUUGGUCCCUCUUCCUCGCUCUCUCUUUUCAUUCUCCCUCGUCCCCGUCUCAUCCUCCGUUGUCCUCCCACGAUGCUACCAUCUCCCACGUCCUAUCACAUCUCUUCCUCUGGAUCGUUCUAUCCAUUAUUCACACACGGACGAUGGCAUGGCAUACUCAGGGCACAAAUGUAACACCCCCAACUACGUAUAUCCUCAUUCAUUCUUUUUUUAUAAAUCCACAAGCAAUCUUACAAUCAUCGCUUUUAUAUCCC